UUCACGGGGUUUUUACAUUUUUUCCACAAUUUCAUGGUUUCGAUUAAAAAUUCCAAAUUCAAUGACAACCGUAGGAUCAAACUCAACCAUUGUCUUCGUCAUCACCAUCCUUCUCCUAACAGCAGCACCUUCUCCAUCCCAAUCCCUAACCUUCUCCUCUUACUUCCGCUACCGUAACCUCUUCUACCUCUCCCACUCCCUUCUCACUGCCGUCGCCAACCAUCGCGCCACCCGCGGCGACCUCGCCGGCGCCGAGCGAGCCAGGACUAUCGCCGACAAGCUGGAGCAAGGGUCCGUCUUUGGGUUCUGGAGGCUCGUAUGGUCGACCUGGACCUGGUCCUGGACUGAAUUGCCCCUCACGGAGCUCUACGGCGCCGUUUCAGACAUGAACGAGUUGCUGAGGGGCUUGACUGAGUUGACUCGCUUGGAAUCGGUCGCGGAAAGGUCUGCUUGGGUUUCCCGGAAUUACCAGAAUGUCCUCACUGUCUCUAAGUCGCUCUUCCGCAAGCUCCUCAAAGCGUUUGGCCAAUCGGGAGUGAUGAGGGAAGUUGUGGAGACACUGCAGAAAGAAGUGGUGGAAGGUGGGUUAAUCAGGGAUUGUCUUGAAGUGGGUAACAAUGAUUUGAAGGCUUUGAUUGCAGUUCUCAGGGAUUUGUUGUUGCAAUUCUUUCCUGUUCAUGAUAAAGACUCUGAUUUAUGACCCUCAUGCAGUGAUAGUUUUUCCUUUUAAUUUUGGGCUGGCUUUGAGCAUUGUUGGUAGCACUACUUGUAGGUGUCAUGAAGUUUAGUUGAGAGACUGUUUUU